AUGGUUCUUACAAAUAAAUCCACGCUGCUUUCAACUUGCCCGAUAGCACAAGUUUCAGAGCGUAAAGACGAUGUAAAAGAAGGAGAAUGUUUACGUGGAAUCACAAUCUGCUCUAUGAUAUCGAGUACUAAACCGAUAGACUAUUCAACAAGUAUCUAUGGGAGUCUGGAUUCCUAUCCGACCUGCUGA